CUUUCUGUUUGCACUUUUUUUUCCCCCACACUGGAUCUGAGAAAAAACAAACAAAAAAAAACAGUAUGUUCUUAAAGGGAAUUGAUUUUUUUCAGGGAAGCUGCACAUGUGGAGAGGAAAAUGCCGGACGUUUUUCUUACCCAAGUGGUGUGUGUAAAACAAACAGUGUGAGAACAGAGGCUGAAUAAACCUUUAUCACACGCUCCAGUUGUCAUGAACUGAUUGUAGCCAGAGACAUGCACACGAGACACGAAUCUUCCUUGUGCCUUCGGAGGUCUAUAGCGACUCCCAAAGCGGCGAAUCGCAUUAAAGAACGGCAUUUCUCCACAACAGGUGUUUGUCUCGUGUUCCAACUGUAUUUCCAUAUUGAGCUUCCUAAAACAAGGCAGUAACGGCUGAUGUAUCAUUGUAAUGAAAGGAAACGUUUUCUAAUAAAUAUCUGGCUUAGAAGGACACCCAGUGAAGCAUCUGAGUCAGUCAUAAAACACUGUUUGUGCUCUGGUGUACAGGUCCCUAAAUUUCACAAGGACUUUGUCGAUCAGUUUUCUCAGUUCGUGUCUGAUUUAGUGUCUCGCUUGGAUCGCUUGCUGAUUCUUGGGGGAUUUAACAUUCAUCUCUGUUGUCCAGCUAAACCAUUGGUAAAAGAUUUUUUUUACGUCUUCUUGAAUCCCUGAAUCUUGUCAUAAUUUUGGUCAUACACUUGGUCUUGUAAUGUCCUCUGCUUUUCCUGUAACUAAUCUUGAGGUUGUCGAUUCCGGUAUUUCUCCUCCUUAUUCAGCUUUGUAUGAAUGUCUUUGUUUCUGUCCUUCAUCUUCUAUCUCUCGGCCUAAGAACAUUUCUCGUGUCAUCCACGCCUCUACUGCUAGUCUGUUCUCAGAUCGUUAUCGGGAUCUUUUCACUGAUACUUGUAAUAACGAUAUGGAUAUUGUGCCGAGCUGGGUGAAGUUUGUAAUAAUACUUGCUCUCUUACCUUAGACACUGUCGCUCACUCAAGUCCAGGAGAGUUCAAAAGAAAGCAAGUCUUCAGCCGUGACUUAAUGAUUGCACCCGAGUGCAGGGAAAUGCAGCUUAAGGGGAAGAAAGAUAAACUGCAUGUCUCUUAUGAUUAAUAAAUGAUCAGAGGUCAGUGAAAGAGGUGAAAUCAUAUUCUCUCUCCAAAUGAAUAGCUGUCAAUGCAAAUCGGCCUAAUGUAUUGUUUAGUAUUAUUGAUUCUGAGCUAAAUCCUUCUCGGGCUGUCGGACCUGACCCCUCUCCCACGUCCUGUGGCGAAUUUCUUCAUUUUUUCUCCGACAAAACUGAAGCGAUCGAUUCUUCUGUUACGUCUUCAGGAUUUGAUCCUCUAGUGGACUCACCUCCGCGCAGGAAAAAUGGGCAAGCGUAGGUAUCUGAGCAAAGGACCUGAUUGCAGUGGCCAGACGACUGGGUCAGAGCGUCUCCGAAACGCCAGGUCUUGUAGGGUGUUCCUGGUAUGCAGUGGUUAGUACCUACGAAAAGUGGUCCAAGGAAGGAUAACCGGUGACCUGGCGACAGGGUCGUGGGCGCUCAUAUCAAGGCUCGUCGAUGCGUGUGUGAAGCAAAGACCAGACCGUCUGGUCCGAUCACACGGAAGCUCUCCUGUAGCACAAAUUGCUGAAAAAUGUUAAUGCUGGCUCUGAUAGAAAGGUGUCAGAACGCACAGUGCAUCACAGCUUGCUGCGUAUGGAGCAUGGGGAACAUGACAAGAGCAAAAGGUGUUGACGCGGUGUCUGAAUUCCCCAGAUCUCAAUCCUGGGGUGUGCUGAUCGACGGAGGCCCCACCUCCAUCGCAACUUAGAGGACUUAAUGGAUCUGCUGCUAACGUCUUGGUGCCAGAUCCCACAGCACACCUUCAGAGGCCUUGUGGAGUCUCGACGGGUCGGAGAAAAGCCUCGAAGGAGAGGAAGCGUCAGAAAGACACCGGGACGUAGCGAUAUCGCCACAGUUAAAAGCGAGUCUGAGCUGGAAGAUAGCGUUACGGAAGCGUCACGAAGGAUGAGACGUCGGGCGAAGACGCCACGGAAGGGCUCAGAACAGGAAUCCAGAAAUGGGGUCACAAAGAAAGCGCCCACGUCCAGAGCAAGCGGCGUUGGCGCGUCGGAGGACGAAGCCGCUAAAGAGUCUGCGGAGCGUCAAACCAAAAACAGUAGAAGUGAGCGCAGGCGUUCAGAUCCUGCGCCCUUCGACGACGACGAGGACGUGAAAGAGAAGCCAAAAAAGCGGCGUGUCAAAGUGACUCCAAAGCGGAAAGCUCAAGCUUUAAUAAAUUUACUCGGGGAGUCCGAUCAGCCGGAGCAACCUCCUGAGGAAUCACGCAAGCCCCGAGUUAAGGAAAAAGAGGGAGCGAGCCCUCGUAAAGCCGUUCCCAUCGAGUGCGAAAUAUGCGGUCGGAGCAUCCGGUGCAAAGCCAUAUUGGAGAGGCACAUGCUCUCACACACAGGAGAGAAGCCAUUUGGAUGUGACGAGUGCGGCAAGCACUACACCAGCAGCUCCAACCUGCGCAUCCACCAGCUCAGCCACAGCGGCAAGAUGGACUACGUUUGCAACGAGUGCGGCCAGAAGUUCACUCACCUGCCGUAUCUGAAAAGACACCUGUUGAGGCACGCGGGGAAGAAGAUGCACAUUUGUGAACACUGUGGCAAAGGCUUCAUCCAGAAAUACCACCUCCUGCGCCACCUCUUGGUACACACCAAGCAAACGCCGCAUAUCUGUGACAGGUGUGGUAUGAGCUUCAACCGGACAGACAACCUGAGACUACACCUGCACAGCGUCCACCAGAUCGAAAGGGACUUUCCCGAGGCCAAGCCGGAAAAACUUUACACGUGCGAGACGUGCAAUAAAUCGUUCGUCAGCCAGGCUUCGCUGGAAAUACACAAACGCAUACACACGGGGGCCAUGCCGUAUUCGUGCACCGUAUGCUCGCGCCAGUUCAAACAGUCGAGUCACCUGUAUUCACACAUGUUCACACACGCCAGUGAGAAGCCACAUGCGUGUAACCUCUGCGAGCUGAAGUUCACUCGCAGAACCUACCUGCGAAAGCACAAAGAAAGGGUGCACGUCGGAGCCGGAGAGCUACAAAGUUCAUGACUGGUUCUACAGCGUGGAAUAAUUUGAGAAUACUCAAACAUUUUUCCAUUUUAUUUUAUUUGUAUUUUUAUAUAUAUAUAUAUAUAUAUAUAUAUAUAUAUAUAUAUAUAUAUAUAUAUAUAAGUUUUAGUGAAAUCACAUACAGAGACACAUCUAGGGACAGGGAAAAAAACAGUCCGAGCUGAAUAUUUUUUAAAAAAUCUUUAAAAAAACCAAAAAAAAAACAACAACAUUCGUUCUAGUGUAGUGGAAAAGCAGUUAUGUUGUUCAUAGGAAUCUGUGAAAGUCGGAAAAAUACAAAUAAUUUGUUUUGCUUCCUCACGUUCAGUAUUUCCGCUUACAAAGUACCCAGGAUUCAUAAAAGUUUUAAUUAUGACAUAUCUGUACCAGAACAGCUUUGUAGUAACUUGAAUUCAUUCAAGGCACUUAGUCCCUUUUUUUUAUUUAUUAGAGUAAUGUAUACAGUACAACCCUGAAACCCAGCACAAGCUCAGUUAGCAGACUUUGUUUUGUCCUGUAGGGGGCAGCAUAUCAUCACACAUCACACACUACAGUUACCACAGCACCGUUACCUCAUUAUACACUGCUUUGCCCCUUGCUACUUUUACUGCACUCUUUAUGUUUUAAGACCUCUUAGUGGUCCCUUUUAAGUCCUAGACGAGAAUUAAACAUUGCCUUAAAAUGUCCUUAAGUGUGUGAAUAAUAAGGUGCUUAAGUACUGCAUUACUGCACUAUAAUGCAGCGUAGAAAACAAAAACAUUUUGUACAGAACAUCGGUGAAAACUUAAAUAUCCAUAAACAUGAAAAUAGCUGCUCCUUGUUUACAUUAGAACAAUAUUGUCAUCAGUAUUUUCCAUAUAUAAACACCACCUCCUUUUAGCAUUUAUUUGCCGUGAAGUUGGUUCAUCGCAUUCCCUUUAUGGACACGUGCUAUUUAAGAGGAGGUAGUUUUAUCAGCUUUGGUCCGUCGAGCCGCUCGG